AUGGGGUUCUUCAAGGGUCUCACGCAAAAAAAGCCCAAGAGCGAGGCCGUCGUUCAGGCUCAGGAAGAGGCACCCGACUUUGAGAAGGUCAACUGGAUGAAAGACCCUGGUCUGCGCAAGCUGUACUUCUACGCCUUCGUGCUCUGCGUUGCCUCAGCCACCACCGGUUACGAUGGAAUGUUCUUCAACUCCGUCCAGAACUUCGACUCAUGGCAGGAGUUCUUUAGCCACCCCAAGGGUGGUGAGCUUGGUCUUCUUGCUGCUCUUUACCAAAUCGGCAGUUUGGCCUCCAUGCCCGCAGUAUUCGGCCGCAAGAUUCCCAUUGUGAUUGGAUGCAUCAUUAUGGUUGCUGGAGCUGCUCUCCAGGGCGCUUGCCAGAACAUGGGCAUGUUCAUGGGUGGUCGUGCCCUUCUUGGUUUCGGUAACUCGUUCGCCCAGAUCGCGUCGCCCAUGUUGCUCGCCGAACUUUGCCAUCCCCAACAUCGCGCCAGACUCACGACUGUCUACAACUGUCUGUGGAACGUCGGAGCUCUGAUCGUCGCCUGGCUGUCCUUCGGUACCGAGUUCCUCGGCAAUGAAUGGUCGUGGCGCAUUCCUGCUCUUGGCCAGGCUGUUCCCUCCGUCGUCCAGCUCAUCUUCAUUCUCUGGGUACCCGAGUCUCCCAGAUUCCUCAUUUCCAGGGACCGCCACGACGAGGCCCUGCAGAUCCUCGGCAAGUACCACGCCAACGGUAACACCGAACACCCCACGGUCCAGUUCGAGUUCCGCGAGAUUCGCGACACCAUCAAGCGCGAAAUGGCCGCCAAGGAGAGCAGCAGCUACCUCGACUUCCUGCGCACCGCCGGCAACAAGUACCGUCUCAUGGUUUUGAUCUCUCUCGGUCUGUUCUCGCAAUGGUCUGGCAAUGCCAUUAUUUCCAACUACACCUCUAUCCUCUACGGUAACGCUGGUAUCGAGAGCGCCACGGCUAAGCUCGGUCUCUCCGCUGGCCAGACCGGUCUCUCCCUGAUUGUCUCCAUUACCUUGGCCCUGCAGGUCGACAAGUUCGGUCGCCGUCCCAUCUUCCUCGCCUCGACCGGCGGCAUGUUCAUGACCUUCGUCUUCUGGACUCUCUGCUCCGGUCUGUACGAGGAGCACGGCUCCCCAGGCUCCAACUACGCCAUGAUCUUCUUCAUCUGGCUCUUCGGCUUCUUCUACGCCUUCGCCUGGUCCGGUCUCCUCAUCGGCUACUCCAUCGAGAUCCUGCCCUACAAGCUGCGUGCCAAGGGUCUCAUGCUCGUCAACCUCGUCGUCCAGGCUGCCCUCACCCUCAACAACUACGCUAACCCCGUUGCUUUUGACCACUUUGAGGGCCACACCUGGAAGUUGUACCUCAUCUACACUUGCUGGAUCUUCCUCGAGCUCACCUUCGUCUACCUCUUCUACGUCGAGACUAAGGGCCCUACCCUCGAGGAACUCGUCAAGGUCAUCGACGGCCCCGACGCCGAGGUCGCGGACCUCGACCUUGCCCAGGUCGAGCAGGAGGUCAAGAUCGGCCACGAGGCCGAGGAGUUUGAGCACAAGCGCGGUUAG